UCAACAGAGUUUUCAGUGAUGAAGACUUCGAGAUGGCAAAAGAAACCCAUCCUGUAUACCUGUUUGAAGAGAUGCCUACAUGAAAAUCCCUUUCAAGACUGCUGCUUUCUCUCGGACCUGCCGUGAUUGAACUUCAUCUUCUUCUAUUAGGAGAAAGGGAGAGUGGAUCUUUUUAGGUGCAAGAGCGGCUGUCUGCAGAAAUGCCAGCCAACCUCACCGUCUCAAACAACACCGUGCUAGUUCUGGGUGCCGAAAUUAACACCGCACAAACCCGGGACACCGACUAUAACUUCCCUGCUCUGAUAUUCGGAAUAUUGCUAAUUGUGGUCAUCAUUUGUGGAAAUUUGCUUGUGUGCCUUAGCGUGUACAGGGAAAAAGCUUUGAAAACUACAACCAACUACUUCAUAGUCAGUCUGGCUGUGGCUGAUUUGAUGUUGGCAGUUUUGGUUUUGCCACUGUUUAUAUAUGUUGAGUUCCAGGGUGGUCUGUGGUCACUGAACAUGCAUGUCUGCGACGGCCUGAUGACCAUGGACGUGAUGCUGUGUACGGCCUCCAUAUUCAACCUCUGCGCCAUCAGCAUCGACAGGUUCAUCGCUGUCUCCAUUCCACUCAACUACAACCUUAAGCAUGUUGAUCAGAGACAGAUCUUCCUGCUCUCCGGCACGUGGAUCCUGGCCUUGGCAGUGGCCUCACCCGUCAUGUUUGGCAUCCAAAACGUCCCGCAGCGGGACUCUACAGAGUGUAAACUGGAGGACGACAACUUCGUGGUCUACUCCUCUGUCUGCUCCUUCUUCAUUCCCUGUCCCAUCAUGCUCCUCCUCUACUGCGGCAUGUUCCGGGGAUUGAGGAGGUGGGAGGAGGCACGCAAGGCCAAGCUGAGGAGCAGCAUCCUGGUCUGUAGGAAGUUCCAGGACGCAACUGCCUCCGUGCCCCCGCUGGACUCCCUGCCUCCUCCUCUACCCCCCAUUAUCAAGAGGAAGGAGCUCACAGACAUGAAGCCAGAGCUAAAGGAUAUUAAUCUGGAAGAGCUGGACCCUUACCCCCUAGAGUCUCCAGACGGCCCCUAUAAUAACUCCUCACCAGACACACCAGACCGCCCCUAUAACAACUCGUUAACAACUACAGAGUACAAGGACGGCCCUGUGCCCACCGUGGUGGCCUACUCUAACAUUAGGUACAACCUCCACCCCCAAACCGACCCUCACCAGAAGAAGAGGGCCAAGAUUAAUUGCCGAGAGAGGAAGGCCAUGAAGGUGCUUCCUGUCGUUGUGGGUGCCUUCCUGUUCUGCUGGACCCCGUUCUUCGUGGUCCACACCAUGCGGGCCCUGUGUGCCACCUGUUACAUCCCCCCAUGGCUGAUGAGCAUCGUCACCUGGCUGGGCUACGUCAACAGCGCCCUCAACCCCAUCAUCUACACAGUUUUCAACACAGAGUUCAGGAACUACUUCAAUAAAUUCCUCCACAGCUGCUGUAUAUACCGAUAGACAAGAUGAGCACAACUAGCCUGGUCCCAGAUUUGUCAUCAUGACAAGGAACUCCUAUGGUCAUUGUCAUUUCUAUUGUCGUUGUAACUCCUAUGGUCAUUGACAACACAGCAAAAACAGAUCUGGUACCACCGCUGAUGAAUGGACAAAAAAGCACAAUGAACAAUACCAUUGUAAGAUGUUACGAUAUCAAAUUUGUGCUUUGCUGUACAGAAAAUCUUGCGAUUGCAUAUUUUUCUCCCACUUGGGAUUUUAUUUUUUUCUGUUGAUAAAUGCUUGUGAUUUAUCCUAUUGUGACAGCAAUGUUGUUUGUCAGCUUGCCAUAUGUUGUUUCCAUGUUUUAUGUGGAAAGCUUUGUGGUAAGGAAUUGCAUUGAAUCCCUCCAACUAAAAAAGGUGCUAAGAAAUACCAGCAAGGGAUCAAUUUCUUAGAUUAUUAGUGGUAAUUAAAUUGUAUCUUUAAGAUUACUUAUUUUUCUCACUUAAAUUAGGACUUCUGUCCCUAAACUGUGUGGACAUUAAGGACCGGGGUUAGAACACUGCGUCAUUGACAAAAAUUAAAAUAAAACACUUCUCCACACAACCAUGAUUAUACUGCAAAUCCUAAUCCAACUCCUGACUGAGUCUGAUAAAGAUCCCCACAACAAAAUUAAACCUCAUUCAAAAAUAUCCUUCUCGCCCAUACGGAAAUUGAGGCUUUUGACAAACGGACAAAGUCAUUUUAAAAAAAGGGCUAAAUAACAAAUACAGUUUCCUCUCUGUUGCCUAGCAGCGCAAAUCAUGUAUCCAAUACAAGAAAAGAAACAACACGAGUUUCAUGGUUCAAAUCCAAGGAGAAAGCUUUAAGAGGGAGGAUGAAAUAUGAUGGAGCAAUUUCAGACACCGUCUGCUUGCAAUGUGACAAGUAUUGACAGAGUAAUGUACAUUCGCAAGCUUCUCCCCCAGGAUGAUUGGUCCAUCAGCCACAGGUGGGGGACAGAGGUUAGCCUAGCAACAACAACAGGUGGAGAAAGAAUUAAAAACAUUAGACCUAUUUCAAAUCAGGGCAGGGGAAACUAGCUCUGCAGCAUUUAUGAGCUAACAUAAAUGUCAAAUGCAAUUCAGGGCAUUUAGAGGAGUGACUGGAAAUGGUAAUCACCCUGUGUAUCUAUGACUCAGAUUACAUAAUGGGUGUGUGAGUUGGAAGAUUUAAUGUCAGUCCUUCCAUAAACGUUGUUUUUCCACAAACCCCCUUAUGACAAGUCUCCCUUACACUAUGACCCAAAUGAGUUAAGAUAUUCUCUUUCAGUCUCCUCCAAGACAUCAGAAGCAAAUUAUAUUCAAAGAUAUUCACGUCUAUCUCAACUAGGAGAAUGGAGAUGGCCGUUCUAGAGUUGUUUGAAGGACGGGAGAGACAGCCGAGUGGAAACGUACUUUGGGUCCACUUUGAAAUUGUGAAGGUGGAUGGACAGACAAGAAAGAGGGAUGCAUGUCUCUCCCAAGCCAAUGCCUUUAUGUAGAUCUGAGUGUGUCAUCUCUCAUUACAGUCAGAAACCCACAAAGUAUUGGACUGUCUGUCAAUAGAUGGCCCUUGACAACUCCUCUAACUCCCUCCCCGUGAUCCAAAGUAACUACUGGAGUGGGGUUGAUUGUUUAUGUCAGCAAUGUAGAGGGUAGCUUCUCUCAAAAUAAACAAGGCAAUAGUAAACAUGUAGUCCCCCAUGAAUGAUGCAGCGCAAGGGCUUGACAUUAAGGUAAAUUUGCCAGUGGCACACUUAGCCAGUAACAAGUGAAAAUUACUGGCCCGAAUGAGACAUUUCUGUCCCAGGCCAAGAUCACAGGAAAGCAAGUUAUGCUAGCAGAGUUUCAAUUGUAGGUGAUUUCAUGUUUCAUUUGCAGUCUGGGCAAGUACCUUAUAGCCAACCAUAAAAUCUGACAUUUACACUGAUUGUUUGGAAAACAAAUAUAAAACCAUCCCCCUUUCAAUGAUGACAUAUAGCCUAUAUUAAAUCUUUAAAAUGAAAUAUUCCCCUUCAGAAAUUUGUCCAAUAACAUAUUGAUGAAAAGCAAUAUUAUCAGACAAGUGUUUUAUUUGAGCAAAAAGCAUUAUCACCUGUCUGAUGCAGCAUCUUGACUACAUGGCUGAAGCAUGGGGUUGCUUCUCUGUAUUGUCUACCACAAUGGGUUAAUCAUUAGCUAGAUCACAGGCUCUAAAUAUGAUCUUGUCGCUUGUUAAAUGUCCUAAAAAAAAACUUGCGCAGGCACUAAUAAAAUCAUGUGAUUUUUACAGUGUUUAUAACUACAGUGUAAUUGUGUGAAUUUUACAGUGAAUAUAGGCCUACCGUUUAUGCAUUCAAAUGACUGGUGCGCUUCCUGCGGUUACUUUUAUGUUGUCAUGCCAGACGAUCAAGAUUGUAAAACGCUGCCAAUUGCUCAAAAAAUGUAAGUUGAGAAAUAAA